UCUCGACACAAUAAACAGUAAAGAUCCUCAUUUCCUUGCAGGGGUGUUCUUCAUCCCGUACAUGUUGUUUCUGUUUACAUGCGGAAUCCCCUUAUUCUUCCUUGAGACUGCCUUGGGACAAUACACGAGCCAGGGAGGUAUCACAUGCUGGAGAAAGAUUUGCCCGCUUUUCCAAGGCAUGGGCUAUGCCAGUCACUUAAUCAUCGCAGUCAGCGCAACCUCCUAUGUCGUCAUCAUUGCGUGGUCGUUUUUUUACCUGUUCUUGUCCUUCAGUGCGGAUUUGCCUUGGGCUACAUGUGGACACCACUGGAACACAGACUCAUGCUUGGACUCCACCCAUCCAAAUCUGAGUACAACAUCCAGACUGAACACCACUCUUGCUGUUGUGGAGUUCUGGCAGCGCCGUGUUUUGAAAAUCUCCAGUGGUAUUGAGGAGGUGGGCAGCUUGAGGUGGGAGCUGGUCUUGUGUCUCAUCCUGUCCUGGGUCAUUUGCUACUUCUGCGUUUGGAAGGGUAUUAAGUCCACAGGAAAGGCAGCCUACUUCACAGCCACCUUCCCUUUUGUUACACUGUUUGUUUUGCUGGUACGUGGCAUCACCCUGCCAGGGGCAAUGGAUGGGAUCAUUUACUACAUCUACCCUGAUAUUUCUCGCCUUUCAGAUCCUCAGGUGUGGAUGGAUGCUGGUACUCAGAUCUUCUAUUCUUAUGCCAUCAGCCUUGGAUUCCUAACCUCUCUUGGGAGUUACAACACUUACAACAAUGACUGUUACAAGGACUGUUUCUACUUGUGUCUGCUGAACAGUGGCACCAGCGUUGUGGCAGGCUUUGCCAUUUUCUCCAUUUUGGGUUUCAUGACAUAUGAACAAGGAGUGGAUAUUUCUGAGGUGGCACAAUCUGGCCCAGGGUUGGCUUUCAUUGUGUAUCCACGUGCAGUAGCAAUGAUGCCCAUGCCUCAGGUGUGGUCAGUGUGUUUCUUCCUCAUGAUCAUUCUGCUUGGACUGGAUAGUCAGUUUGUUGGUAUGGAGUGUCUGAUGACGUCAGUAGUCGAUCUGUUCCCUACUUACCUGCGAAAAGGCUGCAGGCGUGAGCUGCUUCUGCUGGCUAUCUGUUGUACCUGCUGUUUGCUGGGACUCUCACUGGUCACUGAGGGAGGGAUGUACCUGCUCCAGCUGUUGGAUCAUCACGUCUGCAGCGGCUCUACCCUGCUCCUCCUCUCUCUCUGUCAGUCUGUCAGCAUUGCCUGGGUCUAUGGUGCUGACCGUUUUUAUGGCAAUAUCACUGACAUGAUUGGCUACCGUCCAAUACCAUUAAUGAAGUACUGCUGGCGCUACAUCACUCCCCUCAUCUGUUUUGGCACCUUCAUCUUCUCUAUUGUCAAAUACUCCCCACUGAAGUUCAGUAACACUUACGUUUAUCCACUCUGGGCGAACAUCCUGGGCUGGUUCAUUGCCACAGUCUCCCUGUCCCUCAUCCCUCUGUUUGCAUUAUAUAAAAUAAUGCAGGGUAAAGGCACUCUUCGACAGCGCUUCCUGACACUCUGUCAGCCUAUGGACGACCUCCCAAUGAAUCAAAAAUGUCCUACCCCUCCUCUUCUGGGAACCAAUGGCAUCACGGCCCACACGGAGCUCAAACCUUUAUCCCACACUGGUGAACUCACUCAGUGAGCACAGAGUUGUUCAGCUGUGAUGUUGUACUGUAAAUAAGCGCGUGGUCUUCCGGGCUCUUAUUCAUCAAACUUCUAUGAGUUAGACCCAUGAAUACCCUAAACGAGUCAAACUUAGCAGUUGAAAAAAUGACUGACUUAGUUCAUUUUGAGUAAUACUAUAUUGUGAAGUCAGUCCGAAACAUUUUUCACUGUACUGUUCAAUAACUUGACAGGGAACUUUUAACUAACUUGACACAUGUCUGGAGUUCUACUCAUAUGUCAGAAGGAAUUUGACAAAUAGCUUUAAUUCUGAAGUUUGAGAGUUGUUGUAAAGGUGAGGUGAUUUUUAAAAAAAAUAUUUGGACAUUUUAUGCCUUUAUUUGAUAGCUACAGUGAAGACAGGUAAUUAGGGAAAACGAGUAGGAGAUCGACACAUAGUAAAUAAUCCUACCUGCCGGGAGUCAAACUGGGGACCUACUGCUCAAGGCGCAUGCACCUCUGUGGCAUGCUCCAUAACCAUUCAGCCAGCAGGUGAAUUUGUACUUUUAUCUUUCACUAAAGCCCCAAAUUUCACUUGCAGGGAGUUAUAGAUAUAUGUGCCAUGGACUCAUCAUCACAACAAAGUUGUUAGUUUAACAUUUAACAUGUUCCAAAUGCAACUUGAGCAAAUUAUUGAUAAAAAUGGCAUUAUAUAUUGUUUUUGUUUGUUUGUUUGUUUUUGGUUACACUAGGACAUUUACUGGCUAGGUUCUUUGAACCACUCACUGACUGCAACCAUGACCUGUGUAGCACUGCAAUGUAUUUGUAUCUAGAUAUCAUAUGUGGAAUGUAUAGUGCUAUAUACCUCUUUAUAUAACUUACCUCUUUAAACUAUGCUAAGUGUCCUGCACUAACAUAAGUGGAUUCUUUCACUUUCUCUUUCUCACACUCCCUUGCUGUUUCCUCACUCAAACUCAACCACCACAAAACCCUGUGUAUUUACAGUCCAUCUUGCACAUACUGUGGUAUGAACACAAAAUAGACUUAAUAAUGUUUCACCAUUCUCUGGUAGAAUGCUUUUCAAACCAUUUUCCCCUCCUAACUACUCUCCAUUCCUCAACCAUGUAGAGUAAAUCUUUUCCUCAUGGAGGUGAAAAGUUUAUCACCACCAUCCACAUUAUUAGAUAUGCAAUGAAUGCUGGGCAUCUUCAGACAACUGCCAGGGAUGGAUCAAGCUGCCAAAAGAUUUUUACCCAGGUGUAGGGCAUGAGAGGACACGUGGAGUGAUGUUGAAGACGGCCAAAUGCAGAAGACAGGACCGGCUAGCUGUGUUGUAUUUCUAUAUCUGCAGAUAUCCUAUGCAAGUAUUUGAAUAUGUAUAGUUUUAUAUUACAUUACUGGAAUCACUGGUGUCAUUUUGUGCGCUUGGAAUUACUCUAUACAUGAUUGGUCAUAAAAUAAAGCCUA